AUGUAUGCGUCUUUCUUAGAUAUCUCUAUUCUAGGACUGAACAAGUCACUCAGUGUGAAACAUUUCCUGGUGAGGGCGCUGCAGGAGCUAAGAUACGUGUGGGUUGUCGGUGAGAAUGUGCAGGAGGGUGCCGAGCUGGCCUCCUGUCGUAGCACCUUCAGGAAAUAUACCGCAAACCUGCAGCUCGUCACUGACUGGUACAAUCACAUUAGGAUAAAUACCAACGACGUUGAAUUCAGCCUCAUCAAGCAGGAAAUGGAGGCCAUUGAUGAGACUAUUAAGAAAUCUGAGAAGGAACUAACAUGGAAUUCGGAUGGAGUGUGGGAGUACAUUGAAAUCCUACACGAGUCUGUGAAGGGGCUGGAGAGCCGUGUGCGGAAAGCCCAGGUUAACUUAAAUCGUCUGGAUGUCAUCCUGGGCACUUGGGUCCAGAAGCCGAUCUUCGAGAGACGCGACGGCAAAAAAGAGACGCUACUUAACCUGGAAGACAAGACUGAGAGACUUAAAAAAGUGUACAGCAACAUGCAACAAGACGGAGCCAAAAUCUUAGCCAUGGUGGAGGAGAAUAAGGCGCUGCUGAAGGUGCCUGACGACUCCCCACACUGGGACCGCUACCUUCUCUUCCUUGACCACAUGAUAACAAGAGGCCUCGUGGAAGCUGCGAGUUGCACAGGCAACCCUCUAGCAGGCACAGGCAACACUCCAGCAGUUACAAGCAACUCGCCAGCAAGCACAGGUGACCCUACAGCAGACGCAGGCAGAACUCCAGCAGACAGAGACAAAACUCCAGCAGGUACAGGCAACACUCCAGCAGGCACAGGCAACCCUCCAGUAGACACAGGCAACCCUCCAGCAGGCAAAAGCAACACUGCAGCAGACACAGGCAAAACUCCAGCAGGUACAGGCAACUUCCCAGCGUGUACAGGCAACCCUCCAGCAGGCGCAGGCAAAAUUUCAGCAGGCACAUGCAACCUUCCAGCAGGCACUUGCAACACUCCAGCAGGCACAGGCAACCCUCCACCAGGCACAGGCAACACUCCACCAGGUACAGGCAACUUCCCAGCAUGUACAGGCAACCCUCCAGGAGGCACAGGCAACACUCCAGCAGGCACAGGCAACACUUCAGCAGGCACAGCCAACACUCCAACAGGCACAGCAAACGCUUCAGCAAUCACAGACAACACUCCAGCAGGCACUGGCAACCACUCAUCAGGUACAGGGAACCCUCCAGCAGGCACAGGCAACCCUCCAGCAGGCACAGGUAACUCCUCUAUAGGCAUAGGCAAUCCUCCAUCAGGCAGAGGCAACCUUCCAGCAGGCACAGCCAAAACUCCAACAGGCACAGGCAACACUUCAGCAGGCACAGGCAAGCCUCCAGCAGGCACUGGCAACCCCAGCGGGCACAGACAACCCUCCAGCAGGCAUAGGCAACCCUCCAGCAGACACAGGGAACCCUCCAUCAGGCACAGGCAACCCUCCAGCAGGAAUAGGCAAUCCUACAGCAGGCACAGGAAACCCUCCAACAGGCACAGGCAUCCUCCAGCAUACACAGGCAACCCUCCACCAGGCACUGGCAACCUCCUAGCAGGCACAGGUAACCCUCCACCAGGCAGAGGCAACCUUCCAGCAGGCACAGCCAAAACUCCAACAGGCACAGGCAACACUUCAGCAGGCACAGGCAACCCUCCACCAGGCACUGGCAACCUCCUAGCAGGCACAGGUAACCCUCCACCAGGCACAGGCAACCACUCAUCAGGUACAGGGAACCCUCCAGCAGGCACAGGCAACCCUCCAGCAGGCACAGGCAACUCCUCAAUAGGCAUAGGCAAUCCUCCAUCAGGCAGAGGCAACCCUCCAGCAGGCAUAGGCAACCCUCCAGCAGACACAGGGAACCCUCCAGCAGGCACAGGCAACUCUCCAGCAGGCACAGGCAACCCUCCAGCAGGCACAGGCAACCCUCCAGCAGGCACAGGCAACUCCUCAAUAGGCAUAGGCAAUCCUCCAUCAGGCAGAGGCAACCCUCCAGCAGGCACAUGGAACACUCCAGGAGGCACAGAAGGCACAAACAAGGCUACAGAAGGCACAUGCAAUGCUACAGAAGGCAAAAAAAAUGCUACAGAAAGUACAAACAAUGUUACAGAAGGCACAAACAAUGCUACAGAAGGGGCAGUCAAUGUUACAGAAGGCACAAACAAUGCUACAGAAGGGGCAAUCAAUGUUACAGAAGGCACAAACAAUGCUACAGAAGGCACAAUGAUACAGAAGGAAACAAACAAUGCUACAGAAGGCACAUGCAAUGCUACAGAAGGCAAAACAAUGCUACAGAAAGUACAAAACAAUGUUACAGAAGGCACAAACAAUGCUACAGAAGGUACAAUCAAUGUUACAGAAGGCAUAAUCCUUUUCUAUCUUCUGGAUAACUGUGAAUCCCGAGUGAAUCAGUUCCCGCUGCUCGAAGCACGACUGGAGCUCCAGGAGACCUACCUGAACAUCCGUCCCUCACCAGAGGAGCUUCGAACACUGGCCGAGUCACUAGUCAGUGAGAUCCUUCACAUCUCUACCCUGGUACCGCGCCUCGCAACACACGUUCAGGACACCUACCUGCCAGACGUAGAAAAGGACGAGGAGAUAAUAGAUCUAAAAGAGACGCUACUGGGAAGGUUCCAGGUGGCUGCCGCCAAAAUAUCAGAACACAGGGAUCAGUUUCUUCAGCACCAGGCUCUCUGGAAAGACCGACGUAGCGAAAUGCUGGACAAGUUCCUCACCUCGGGCGACAACGGGGCCCAACCUUCCUUACAGCAGUUCAGACAACAGAUUGACCAAUACGAGGCCCUUUACACUGAGCUGGAGGGUAUUGAGACGACAGUUGUAUUCGAUAAGUGGUUCCGCCUCGACGUUAGGCCAUUUAAACAUAGUCUUCUGGAGAACACUAAGAAGUGGGGCCGCAUGUACAAGCAACACCUCAUCAGUCAGGUCACAGACAGCUUGACGGAGUUGGACAAAUUUAUCAAGGAGACUGAGGUGGGCGUGGCUCAGGACCUGGGUAACGGGGACUACGACGUUCUGGUUUCCAUCAUGGGACACCUGGUGGCUGUGCGGGACAGGAUCCACGCCACGGACGCAAUGUUUGAGCCAUCAAGGCCACCAUUACUUUUGGAACAGUACGGUGACGACUUGCCAGAGACUAUGCAUCUCAAACUCCAGGAACUACCUGAGCAGUGGGAAUCACUGAAAAAACAAUGUGACCUGGUCCGUCAGCAUGUCGCCCCACUGAAGGCCAGUGAAGUAAACAGCAUCAGAAGGAAGUGUGUCAAAUUUGAGACUCGUCAAGCAAUCUACCGAGAGAAGUUCAAGAAAUAUUCCUUCUUUAAUUUUGACUGCGAGUUACCCUACUGGAGGCUGGAGAGGGUGAAUGCUCGUGUACGUCGUCUGGAGGACGAGAUGCGUCACCUACAAGAGUCUGCCGUGCUUUUCGAGGUGGUAAUUCCAGAGUUCAAGUUCAUGAAGGCAUGCAGGAAAGAACUCAAGAUGCUCAAGCAACUGUGGGACCACAUCUGUCUAGUGCGAGCUUGUGUGAACCACUGGAAGACCACCCCGUGGAGGGAAGUUGAUGUUGAGAAUAUGGACAUCGAGUGCAAGAAGUUUGCCAAGGAUUUAAGAGCGUUGGACAAGGAGAUGCGUGCCUGGGAUGCUUACACCAACCUGGACUCCACUGUGAAGAACAUGUUAACUUCGCUGAGAGCCGUGGCUGAGCUACAGAACCCGUCCCUCAGGGAGAGACACUGGGGACAGUUGCUGGUCGCCACCAAGAGUGACUCCUCCGCCAAAAAUUUUGUGGCAAACUUCGUGGACAACCCUAAGACCACCCUGGCUGACCUACUCCAGCUCAACCUUCAUACGUACGAAGAUGAAGUCAAAAACAUCGUGGAUAAAGCAGUCAAGGAAAUGUCAAUGGAGAAAAUCAUUAAAGAACUAGACUCGACCUGGGCCACAAUGGAGUUCAUGAUCGACAAACAUCCUCGUACUGGCGUGGCUCUAAUUCGCACCUCCGAAGAGAUGAUUGAAACACUGGAGGAGAACCAGGUUCAGCUUCAGAACCUGAUGACAUCAAAGUACAUCGAACACUUCCUGGAGGAGGUGUCCACAUGGCAAAACAGACUCUCAAUUGCCGACCAAGUCAUCACGCUAUGGUUUGAGGUCCAGCGAACGUGGAGUUACUUGGAAUCUAUUUUCAUCGGGUCGGACGACAUCCGCCGUCAACUUCCCGAGGAUUCUGCCAGAUUCGAUCAGAUCGACAUCGAUUUUAAGGAGCUGGUAGCAGAGAUGGUCGUUAAACCACACGUCCUUCAAGCCACCAACAGAGUUGGACUGAUCACCAGACUGGAAGCCCUCCAAGCAGAAUUAACUCUCUGUGAGAAAACACUGGCAGAAUAUCUGGAGACAAAGAGGUUGGCCUUCCCUAGGUUCUACUUUGUCUCUACGGCAGAUCUCCUUGAUAUUCUCUCCAAUGGAAACCAACCCACCAAGGUCACCAGGCACCUCACUAAGUUGUUUGAUAGUAUUGCCUGCCUCAAAUUUUCCGAGGACGACUCUAGCGACGCCACUGCCGCCGUGGGCAUGACGGCCAAGGACGGCGAGUACGUCGAGUUUGAGAACGUCACUAACUGCACCGGUCCAGUCGAGAAAUGGUUGAUGAGCAUCUUAGAAGUGAUGCGGGCGACGGUGAGAGCAAGGAUGACGGAUGCUGUGGCUGCUUAUGAGGACCGCCCUAGAGACCAGUGGGUAGGAGAUUACCCAGCCCAGGUGGCGCUGACUGGGACUCAGAUAUACUGGACAGUGGAAGUAAACGCAGCGUUCUCACGCCUGGAGGAAGGCUAUGAAAACGCCCUCAGGGACUAUUACAGAAAACAGAAUGGAGAAAAAAGCCUGGAUAAUGUACGCUUCAGAAUGUAUAGAAUGAAAAAAUGGGACGAACAGCAGGCCGACUGUUUUGUUGACAUAUGCGAUGCUCGUAUGAAGUAUGACCAUGAAUAUCUGGGCAACACUACGCGCCUGGUGAUCACCCCACUGACUGACCGCUGCUACAUUACUCUCACUCAGUCACUGCACCUGGUGAUGGGCGGGGCUCCGUCUGGGCCAGCGGGCACGGGAAAGACAGAGACAACUAAGGACCUGGGUCGUGCACUUGGUAUGAUGGUAUAUGUCUUCAACUGUUCCGAACAGAUGGAUUAUAAGUCGUGUGGCAACAUCUACAAGGGUCUGGCUCAGACUGGAGCUUGGGGCUGCUUUGAUGAGUUUAAUAGAAUAUCAGUUGAGGUGCUCUCUGUGGUGGCCGUCCAGGUUAAGAGUGUACAGGACGCCAUUCGCAACCGCAAGAAGAUGUUCGACUUCAUGGGAGAGCCGAUCCGUCUGACUUCAACAGUGGGAAUCUUCAUCACUAUGAACCCAGGUUAUGCAGGACGUACCGAGCUCCCGGAGAACCUUAAAGUCUUAUUCAGACCAUGUGCUAUGGUGGUGCCAGAUCUGGAGCUCAUCUGCGAGAUCAUGCUGGUUGCCGAGGGUUUCAUUGAAGCCAAGGUUCUGGCCAGGAAGUUUAUCACCCUCUAUCGACUCUGUCGUGAGUUGCUUUCUAAACAGAGCCACUACGACUGGGGUCUAAGAGCCAUUAAGAGUCUUCUGGUAGUUGCUGGCUCCCUCAAGCGCGACGACCCUGAGCGUCCUGAGGACCAAGUACUAAUGCGAGCCCUCAGGGACUACAACGUACCCAAGAUCGUCACCGAUGAUGUUCCCGUCUUCAUGGGCCUCAUUGGGGACCUCUUUCCUGCCCUGGAUGUUCCUCGCAAGAAAGAUCUAGACUUUGAAAAGGCUGUCAAAGAAGCUGCGGUAGACCUCAAACUACAGCCGGAGGACAGUUUCAUUCUCAAAGUGGUGCAGCUGAAGGAGCUGCUGGAGGUACGUCACAGUGUGUUCAUCAUCGGGCAGGCAGGCACGGGCAAGACCCAGGUGUGGCGUACACUCUUCAGGACCAUGCUCAACAUGAAAAAGAAACCCAUUUGUUUCGACCUUAACCCUAAGGCCGUCACCAGGGACGAACUCUUCGGCUACAUCAACCCAGCCACCAGGGAGUGGAAGGACGGUCUGUUUUCGAGUCUGAUGCGCGACCAAGCUAACAUGCCUGGCGAGGCUCCCAAGUGGAUCAUCCUGGACGGUGACAUUGAUCCCAUGUGGAUUGAGUCUCUCAAUACCCUCAUGGACGACAACAAGAUCCUGACCCUGGCCAGCAACGAGCGCAUUUCACUUACACCCCACAUGCGUCUGCUCUUCGAGAUCAGCCACUUACGCACAGCCACUCCGGCCACAGUGUCACGAGCGGGAAUUAUAUAUCUCAACCAAGGAGACCUUGGUUGGAACCCCUACGUGACCAGCUGGAUUGAUCGCCGUGAAGUGCAAAGUGAGAAGGCAAACCUGAUGGUGCUCUUCGACAAGUACAUCCCUACCUGCCAGGAAAUACUGCGAGUGCGCUUCAAGAAGAUCACUCCCAUGCCUGAGAUCAGUCACCUCAUGAUGCUGUGCAACAUGUUGGACUGCCUCCUUACGCCAGAGAACGCCCCGCCAGACAGCCCCAAGGAGGUCUACGAGCAGUACUUCGUGUUUGCCGCUGUUUGGGCUUUCGGCUCCGCCCUUUACCAAGACGGGAACAUCGACUACCGAGUUGAGUUUAGCAAGUGGUUCCAGCAAGAGUUUCGAACGGUCAAGUUCCCUGGAGUAGGGACCGUCUUUGACUACUUCAUUGAACGAGACACUUUGAGAUUCGCUCCUUGGGCUGAGAAGAUCCCCAAGUUUGAGCUGGAUCCAGACACUCCGCUACAAGAAUCGCUCGGCCCUCGGGUGCUGUCGGUGAGUCAUGAGUGCCAGUUGCGUGUCCUAGGUAAUGCGAAGGUGCCCCCUGGUCUUGACAAAAGACUUAAUCCUUUUUAUGGCGGCAUAGUUCACAUUAAGAUGAUCAGUUGUCGCCAUCUGCCUGGCACUAUGUUCACUCCUUGGUCCUCUGUUGAUGAGCCUGGCACUAUGUCCACACCUUGGUCCUCUGUUGAUGAGAUUGGCACUAUGUCCACACCUUGGUCCUCUGUUGAUGAGCCUGGCACUAUGUCCACACCUUGGUCCUCUGUUGAUGAUCCUGGCACUAUGUCCACACCUUGGUCCUCUGUUGAUGAUCCUGGCACUAUGUCCACACCUUGGUCCUCUGUUGAUGAUCCUGGCACUAUGUCCACACCUUGGUCCUCUGUUGAUGAGCCUGGCACUAUAUCCACACCUUGGUCCUCUGUUGAUGAGCCUGGCACUAUAUCCAAACCUUGCUCCUCUGUUGAUGAGCCUGGCACUAUAUUCACACCUUGGUCCUCUGCUGAUGAUCCUGGCACUAUGUUCACACCUUGGUCCUCUGUUGAUGAGCCUGGCACUAUGUCCACACCUUGGUCUUCUGUUGAUGAUCCUGGCACUAUGUCCACACCUUGGUCCUCUGUUGAUGAGCCUGGCACUAUAUCCACACCUUGGUCCUCUGUUGAUGAACCUGGCACUAUAUCCACACCUUGGUCCUCUGUUGAUGAGCCUGGCACUAUAUCCACACCUUGGUCCUCUGUUGAUCCUGGCACUAUGUUCACACCUUGGUCUUCUGUUGAUGAGCCUGGCACUAUAUCCACACCUUGGUCCUCUGUUGAUGAGCCUGGCACUAUAUCCACACCUUGGUCCUCUGUUGAUGAGCCUGGCACUAUAUCCACACCUUGGUCCUCUGUUGAUGAACCUGGCACUAUGUUCACACCUUGGUCCUCUGUUGAUGAGCCUGGCACUAUGUUCACACCUUGGUCCUCUGUUGAUGAGCCUGGCACUAUAUCCACACCUUGCCUGGCACUAUGUUCACACCUUGGUCCUCUGUUGAUGAGCCUGGCACUAUAUCCACACCUUGGUCCUCUGUUGAUGAGUCUGGCACUAUAUCCACACCUUGGUCCUCUGUUGAUGAGCCUGGCACUAUAUCCACACCUUGGUCCUCUGUUGAUGAUCCUGGCGCUAUAUCCACACCUUGGUCCUCUGUUGAUGAGCCUGGCACUAUGUUCACACCUUGGUCCUCUGUUGAUGAGCCUGGCACUAUAUCCACACCUUGGGUCCUCUGUUGAUGAGUCUGGCACUAUAUCCACACCUUGGUCCUCUGUUGAUGAGCCUGGCACUAUAUCCACACCUUGGUCCUCUGUUGAUGAGCCUGGCACUAUGUUCACACCUUGGUCCUCUGUUGAUGAGCCUGGCACUAUGUUCACACCUUGGUCCUCUGUUGAUGAGCCUGGCACUAUAUCCACACCUUGGUCCUCUGUUGAUGAGCCUGGCACUAUAUCCACACCUUGGUCCUCUGUUGAUGAGCCUGGCACUAUAUCCACACCUUGGUCCUCUGUUGAUGAGCCUAGCACUAUGUUCACACCCUGGUCCUCUGUUGAUGAGCCUGGCACUAUGUUCACACCUUGGUCCUCUGUUGAUGAUCCUGGCACUAAAUCCACACCUUGGUCCUCUGUUGAUGAGCCUGGCACUAUAUCCACACCUUGGUCCUCUGUUGAUGAGCCUAGCACUAUGUUCACACCUUGGUCCUCUGUUGAUGAGCCUGGCACUAUGUUCGCACCUUGGUCCACUGUUGAUGAGCCUGGCACUAUAUUCACACCUUGCUCUUUCUCCUUAAAGUUGCUUCAGCGUGUGUUGGAGAAGCCGCUGGAGAAGAAAGCAGGCAGGAACUACGCUCCUCCAGGCAAUAAAAAGCUUGUGUACUUAAUUGAUGACAUAAACAUGCCAAUGGUUAACGAGUACACACGUUUCAAACACUUCUUUGAAUACGCCUCACCUCUCUGCCCCCAUCAGGUCGACCAGUACGGCACAGUUCAGCCCCACACACUCCUCAGGCAGCACCUGGAUUACGGUCACUGGUACGACCGAACGAAGCACACCUUGAAGGAGGUACACAACGUGCAAUACGUGGGAGCCAUGAACCCCACUGCUGGCUCCUUCACUAUCAACGCACGACUGCAGCGACACUUUAGCGUCUUCGCAGUCAGCUUCCCAUCGAUGGAAAGUCUGAACCUCAUCUACUCAUCUUUACUAGAUCAACAUCUCAAGAGUCCUUCUAUGAAGUUCAACCAAAAUUUGACCAGGAUGACGGAGCCGCUGGUGCAAGCUGCCCUCCAGCUACACCAGAAAGUGAGUCUCACCUUCCUUCCCACUGCCACCAAGUUCCACUACAUCUUCAAUCUCCGCGAUCUAACUAACAUAUUCCAGGGUCUAUUAUUCUGCACCGGAGAGACGGUAAAGGCUCCGUUAGAACUGUUGCGAUGUUGGCUUCACGAGACUCAACGGGUAUACGGUGAUAGACUCCUUGAGGAGAAGGAUAUGGAGAUGCUUAGCAAGUUGCAGGUGGACGUCACCAAGAAGAUCUUCGAGGAGCUGGACGAGACGGAUGUAAUGGCUAAACCCAACGUGUUUUGUCACUUCGCUCGUGGUGUGGGCGAGCCUCGCUACCUGCCCAUCUUGUCCUGGAGCGACCUCAAUACCACCCUGCAAGACGCUCUCACUACCUACAACGAACUCAAUGCUGCCAUGAACCUAGUGCUCUUCGAAGACGCAAUGGCGCACGUCUGCAGGUACACUGGAGCAGUCUAG